CUACUGCGCGGACAAAACGAGCCAGUGCCCUGUAUUCAAACGGCAUUGGCUCGUAUCCACGGCCGCUGCGCGUUCAAACGGACGGCCAGGAUCCCGUCACGUGCCGGAUAUAAGGAGACCCGGCCUUGCUACGUGCACACACGGCGUCUUUGUGUGAGCACACCGCGCAGCGAAGAAAGGGGAAGAAAAACCAGCCAACAAGCUUGCUUUCGGGGUUUCUCAUCCGAGCAGCGGCAGCGGCAGCGGCGAAGAGAAAAGAGGGGGCGGCAUGGCUGAGCACAAGGAGGAGCCGGUGCUGGAGUCGGUGAUGGAUAAGAUCUCCGAGAAGUUCCACGGCGGCGACUCCUCGUCGUCGUCUGACUCGGACGACGAGAAGAAGAAGGGGUCCUCGUCGGCGUCGGCGGCGGAGGCCAUGAAAGCCAAGAUCUACCGCCUCUUCGGCCGCGAGAGACCCGUCCACUCCGUCCUUGGCGGCGGCAAGCCUGCUGAUCUUGUCCUAUGGAGGAACAAGAAGAUCUCCGGCGGUGUCCUUGCUGGUGCCACAGCCAUCUGGCUCCUGUUCGAGGUCAUGGAGUACCAUCUUCUCACCUUGGUGUGCCACUGCCUCAUCCUCUCACUGGCCGUCCUUUUCCUGUGGUCCAAUGCCUCCACUUUCAUCAACAAGUCUCCACCAAACAUUCCUGAGGUGAAAAUCCCAGAGGAUGCGGCCGUUAAUGUUGCUCUCACACUGAGAUAUGAGAUCAACAGGGGCUUCGCUACCUUGAGGGAGAUUGGACAUGGCCGUGAUCUUAAGAAAUUCCUAAUUGUUAUAGCAGGUCUCUGGCUUCUUUCAGUUCUUGGGAGCUGCUGCAAUUUCCUGACAUUAUCUUAUAUUGUCUUCAUGGUGCUGUACACUGUCCCAGUACUGUAUGAGAAGUAUGAGGACAAGGUUGAUGCUUUUGGUGAGAAGGCUAUGAUUGAACUUAAGAAGUACUAUGCCAUCUUCAACGAGAAGUGCCUAUCGAAGAUUCCAAAGGGUCCUCUGAAAGAUAAGAAGCACUAGAUUUGUAGUAAGGUUCUUGCUAUGAAUAUGAUAAAUGACUACCUAUCACCUUCGGUUUUGGAAGGAUGGCUGUUGGUCCAAGUCACUAGUUGAUAGUAUAUAUCUGUAUGGGCAACUCUAGCGUGACUGAUUGUUGUGAUCUGCUGAUAUUUGAAGUCAUGUCGGCUGAAAAUUGUUGAUCUUGUUUUUGGUUUCAACUUUCAGCAUAGUUGCUCUAUCUGGAAGCUUGAAAUAUAUCAUGCUAUCUAUCAAUGUCAUGGGAAUUUUGUGGUACUAGUUUUCA